UGUUCUUUGCGGCGUGUUGGGGCCGGGAGGUUGGGGGUGAACGCCGGCAAGCAGGGGAGCGGUUUGGAAGAGUUGAUGUCUCAACCUUUGUAGUUAUUUACAAGGCAAGCAGCAGUGCCCUCUUAAGUAACGGCAGGUCAGUGAAUUGUUAAAUGAAGAGGUUGGCUGGGUGGAAGGAAAUUCCAGGGAUCAUCUACUGAAUCACUGGUUCUGGUCCGCCAUGGAACACGGCAGCGUCGAGGAAUGCGUCGAGGAGUGGGGCACGCUCAGCGACGAGUACAAGUCGCUGGAGGCCGUGCACAAGGAGUACCUGGAGCGGCUGCAGGACGUCAGCCAGCUGCAGGCCAAGUGCGUCAAGAGCAUCAGCCACCAGCGCUACCGGCUGGGCAUCAUCAACAAGUCCGCUAAGGGGCUUCCCCGCGAUGACCCGGAAGUGCAGAUCAAGGUCAGCGACCUGGAGAAGGAUAUCCUGCGGCGGAAGGCGCAGCUCUACCAGAUGGAGAACUAUCUGCCGCAGGAGAACGACGUCUACCUGAAGAUCAUUCUAGGCUGCGUUAACGUCUCCAUAUUGAAUAAGAAUGACCGGUUCAAGUACAAGGACGAAUACGAAAAGUUUAAGCUAGUGAUGAACGCCAUCUCUAUGGCUAUUGCCCUGACGUGUCUGUUUUGGCAAAAUCGGAUCCUGGACCUGGUGUUCAUGUUCAUGCUGGUGUGGUACUACUGCACACUCACCAUCCGCGAGUCGAUCCUGCGGGUGAACGGCUCGCGCAUCAAGGGCUGGUACCGGGCCCACCACUUCAUCUCCUGCGUGCUGUCCGCCAUCCUGCUGGUCUGGCCGGUCGGCCCCGUCUACUACACGUUCCGCUACCAGUUCAACCUGUUCAACGUCUACAUAUCUUCGGUGCAAUACCUGCAGUUUAUGUACCAGCGCGGCUGCCUGUACCGGCUAAAGGCGCUGGGCGAGCGCCGCGACAUGGACAUCACGAUAGAGGGCUUUCACUCGUGGAUGUGGAAGGGACUCACGUUCCUGCUGCCGUUCCUCUACAUCGGCUACGCGUUCGAGUUCUACAACGCGUUCACCCUGCAUCAGCUCAGCUCACACCCGGAGGCCACGUGGCAGGUAUUGGCGCUGAGCACCCUCUUCCUGGUGCUGGCCAUCGGCAACACCAUCACCACGUCGCUGGUGAUCCGGCAGAAGCUCAAGGAGGACUGGAAGCUCAAGUACCGCUUCACGCGGCUCGACAAGCACGUGUGGUCGCACAAGAGCCGGAGCCGGUGCGCCUCUGCUCGCCAGGCGGACGACACGCCUGGCACGGGUGAGCAAGAGGAACUGGGCAGCGGAGACUCAGCCGAGUCGCUCGCCAGCAGUCACUCGGAGGAGGGCGGCGGCGGCGAGCCCUCCAAGAAGGACGACUAGCGCUGGCUGCGGCACGCGUCCCCCUCCCCCCACCCCCACCCCGCCACC